GGUUAUAGUAAGUACGUCACUCAGUCUUCAGAACCGCGACAGUUUUCUACAGUUAACCUUAUUUGUUUGUUUGUUUAUUAUGUUAGUCACUGGUCAAAUGCAGUGCACAGACUUACAUUAAUGGACAAAGUCAACAAUUAGCCGUCAAAAUUUGUGAAAUUAAAGUUUAUUUAUUUAAUGGUUUCGUGCAGGAUUGAUUAAGUCACGAUGGCUAACGCAGAACAUGCGGAGAUGAAGUCUUCACUAUGCGAAGAAACGGAGUCAUCCCAGUCUCAGACAGAAUUAGAUACGAACACACAGACUCUUGAAGAAGCCAAUGCAGUGGCGCCCUCGUUCGGCGAUGAGAGGUGUUUCUCAGUUGAAGGUGCAGAAGGCACAGAAAUUCAGGAUAAGAGAAUAAUGGAUGAAAAAAUCUCUCCCAUUGAAAGGCAACUUGAGUACUUGCUGAACAAGGCGGAUGAGUUUCAAACACAGCUUUUAUGGAGUCGAGAGGGCCUCCAGAAUUAUGGGUUCGCCCAUGUUGUCCCCAUGUUUUUGCAAACUUGUCAGCCGUACUUCACUUACCUGGAGUCCACUGCCAGAAACUCCAACCCCUUUCGUCCACCUCUGUCCACAUAUAUACGCACACAACUUUUGCAGUUUUCUCAGCAACUGUGUUCUCGUCUGGAACAGCUGGUGUUGCUGUACGCCUCCUUCAGUUUCUUCUCACUAGAGGAAACUGAUCCACUGAGUAUCUCACACUUCUAUAUUGGCCAGUGUCAAAUAAACAACAUGAAGCUGUCAAUCUUCCGGUACUGUUGCCCUACUCCUUUUCUUGCGUCAGCCAGUACAGGUCUAUACAAACGUAUGCGCUGGAAUGUGGAGCGACAGAUAGAGGGAGAAGGAGAAGGACAGACAUGUGACAGUGCAGAGUUUUACUUCCUGUGCUGCGAGGAUGUCAUUGAAGCAGCAGAUGAUAAGGAUAGAGACGGACGGUGCGAGGCAGAAAAUACAGAAACUGAGAGAGAGAGUAGAGUAGAGAGGAUUUGGUCAAUUGGCCGGUGGAUUCAGACGUACCCUGAUCCAGACACAGAGGACAUCACUGAUUGGGUGCUGUGUUCAGUUCCUUGUGGUCAGUACAAGCAGCUGUUGUGUCUGGGAAGUGAGGAGCCUUCUUCAUGCACUGCAACAGACUGCCUGCUGGGGGUGCUGCUGUCCCAGGAAACAGAUGGUACAUUUGGCAUAAAAACAUAAGCCAGUGCUCACUUAUGGCCUCACCCAUUUUACAUAGAGCAUUUGGUUUAUUCAAAUCAGAGGAGAGUACAGAUUAAAGUUAGAAAUCUGUCAUCUGUGAAGGUUUGCCAUUUUUCAAAAGUUUUUUAGUUCAUGGCUGUUGUUGGUGUUGUUGUGCCAUGUUGGUUUGUUAUGUGGUAAAUGAUUUACACUAGUAAUGGAAAGCUUGUGAAAUGGAGUAAAAGUUCAAGAUUAAAAUGUCAAACCAACUUUAUUUUUCAUGAAAACAUUAAAAUACAGUGGCUAUCCGCUAGUAGUCCGUUACAAAUCCAGAAAUAAAACCCGCUGGCAGUUAAGGUCCACUGCUUACUUUUCUUCCUUUUAAAAUUAUAAAUUACAAAAAUAUAUACACAGUAAAAGCUAGAAUAUGUACCACAUGGAAGCAGUUGUAUUCUUGCACAGUUGUUGGAAAACAUGGUAAAGAUCAAUGAAAAGGACAGAGCAUUAUAAAUAAUGCUGUUGUAUUCCUUCACGUUUUAUUGUAAAUCAGCCCAGUCAAAGCGGUUCUCAGUGCAUUUGUUUUACUGCUGGUGUGUCUAUACAGUAGCUUACCCUGUAUGUUAUUUGUGUAUGUGGUAUGUUCAAGUUAUGCAACAGUAGUUAAGCCAAAAAUACAGUGAAAGUCAGAAUCUACCUGGAAUCCCUGUGUUCCCUGAUUAUUAUGUAAAGUGGUUCCUUUGAUAUAUUCUAAAAAAUUUGAAAAAAUUGAUUUCAAUAAAUGCUCCUACAUUUACAGUGU